CUCGUCGGUCCGUCCCAUCUCACCAACACCCUUAGCCUCACAGCGAUGAGUGGUACGGAGGAGAUCCUUGCCGCGCUCAAGCUCGACGGACUGGCCGAUGUCACGCGCGCCGUCCACUUCAAUGGCUCUGUGCACCACUUAGACGCAUCCUUCGUCGUCCUGGUCGGCACACCGAGUGUAGAGGCGAUCGCCCACAUCGCGGCUGCCAAUCCGCAGACGCAGCUCGGUCUCAUCGUGCCGCUCAAGGCAGGGCGGGACGAGAAGCAUCGCGCUGCAGCAUCUGGGGUGUUCUCCGAAGCAGCUCGCGACGUACUUGAGAACAGCAGCGCCGUCUACCUCGGGCCCAAAAUAGCGUCGGCCGCCGCAUUCAAAGUCAUCGAGGAAGCCAUGUGGGGGACGAACACCAUGAUCGCGAGGGAAACAUACAUGCUCGCAGCGAAGAAUGGCGUCGAUCUCAACCUGUUGUACGAUGCACUCGCGAAUGGUGCCGCGGGAUCUCAGGCGUUCCGCGACCUGUGGCCACAUCUAUUGGAAGGCAACACGUUCCAAGCGGAUGCGCAGCUGGCGCGAGCACACGAGGCGCUCUCCGCCGGCCUGGAGCUUGCCGGAAACGAGGUGUUUUACGCCCCUCUGAUGGGGCUGGCGAAGCAGGAGGGCGUCACGCCCAUGAGCGGCGUGCGGCCUGCUGUGAAGAGCAGCGUCAAUCUGGAGGACAUUGCGCCCGAGGAGCCGAACAAGGUCGGCUUCGUAGGACUCGGCGCAAUGGGAAGGCCGAUGUCUCUGGGUAUGCAGCCUAGACAACAGAUCAUUGACAGCAGUCCUUCAUAACGCCGGGCUCAACGUCGUCGGCUAUGACGUCUGGCAUGGCGCAAGAGAGGCAUAUGCUCAGGCUCAGGGCAAGGUGGCUGAGGAUGUGCUUGACUGCGCCGAUGAAAGCGACGUUUUCCUGCUUAUCGUCGUCAAUGCCGCG